AUGUCCAAACCCUCCAUCGGCUUCGUCGGCCUAGGCGCCAUGGGCUUCGGAAUGGCCACAAACCUCGUGAAAGAGGGCUACCCAGUACACGGCUUCGACGUGUUCCCAGCCUCAGUAGAGCGUUUCAAGGCCGCAGGCGGAAUCCCAGCAUCAUCACUCCAGGACUCAGCAAAGGGAAAUGAUUUCUAUGUUUGCAUGGUAGCCUCAGCGCCGCAGGUUCAGAGUGUCCUUUUCGGCGAUGAUGGCAUAGUCGCAGAAUUAACCCACGAAAUCCUUUCAGCCCUCCCACAAAACGCAACCCUUCUCCUUUGCUCCACAGUCCCAGCAUCAUACGCCCAAUCCGUCGCCGCAGAGCUCAUCUCCGUCGGCAGGAGCGAUAUAUCCUUCAUUGAUGCACCCGUCUCCGGCGGUGCGCUCCGCGCCGCUGCUGGCACAUUGUCAAUUAUGGCUGGUGCUCCUGAUGCCGCGCUGGAGAAAGGCCGUUUCCUGCUGCAGGAGAUGUCGGAUGCUAAUAAGCUGUACCUUGUCCCUGGCGGGAUUGGCGCUGGUAGCAAUAUGAAGAUGGUGCACCAGGUGCUGGCGGGUAUUCAUAUUCUGGGUGCUAGUGAGGCUCAAGGAUUUGCAGCGCAGCUAGGAUUGGAUGCGGUCAAGACGGCCGAGGCAAUUAAAUCCAGUGCAUCUUGGACUUGGAUGCAUGAGAAUCGAUUGCAGCGGAUGCUAGAUGAGGAUUGGCAUCCCGGUGCUAGUGCUUUGACUAUUAUUCUUAAGGAUGUGGGGAUUAUCACGACAUCUGCGCGCCAAAGUCAAUUCCCGACUCCGCUCAGCUCCACUGCUGAGCAGGUCUAUUUGUCUGCUUUGUUGCAGGGAUAUGGGGCUGUUGAUGAUUCGUCUAUGGUACGACAGUACUUUGCUGAGCCGAUCACCAAGGUCGCCUGUACCAAGUCUGAGGAGGAGACGGCGGAGGCGCUGCAACUGGUACUAGAUCUGAUGGAGGUGACUAACCUUGUUGCGGCUGCUGAGGCUAUUUCUUUUGCACGCUAUCUCAAGGUCGAUCUGAAGCAAUUUUAUACCCUUGUUGCUGAUGCUGCUGGUGCUAGUCGGCAAUUCAUGACUAAGGGAUUGGAGAUUAUCGAGGGGCUUGGACAGGGUGCGAAUGAGAGCUCUGAGACUAUUGAUGCCGCUAGUUCUCGUCUAGAGAAGGCAGUGCAGAAGGCGCGGGAUCUUCACUGCCCUUUGAACCUUGGCAAUGCUGCUUUGGCUGUGCUGUACAUGGCUAAGAAGACUGGAUUAGGUGCUGAGGGGAGUGCCAGUGUGGUGAAGGCUUUUGAACAAUAG